CGACUCUGCUAAAGCGGGAAUUUCAAUAACUAUUGCUGAUGUUUACAAACCGGUUAGUCUUUCGGGCAGAUUACUUUAACUUUAUUCAUCAAAACCCUCCAUACAUCAGCCACGUAGAUCUGAUGUUUCAUUUGGAUUAACUUGGGUUUUUUUCGUGUCAGGGGAAGGUGACGUAAUCAAACAGUCCCAGUGUUGUUGCUGUAUGUGCAUUAGCUCAACAGCUAAACUUGGACAUGGGCUACUGAAAGUGUUUUAGUCCAGCAUUGUAGCUAAAAUCACUGCGGAAAGUCUACUCUUUUGUUUAAUCGGAUGCUUCGUGUAUGUCUGUGUUGGUUAACUGGGAAUACACCCCAACAUUAUCAUGUUGACUGAAAGAAGGGUUGAUGUUAGCGGGCUAGCUAGUUGGCUAACAAGCUAACAUCAGCUAACUUGUUGACAGUGACGAUAGAACAACUAAAGUCGAGGUAAAAGCCGAAGUGAGCUGGGUGUGAUGGAAACCAGCUCGUCCUCUAAAGAGUCUUUCCUGCGUAAGACGCUGGAGAGACUGUCCUCCACACAGUCUCUCAAACUUCAGACAGAGGAGGUUGUUCCCGUGGCUGUCAUCGGACUGCAGAGGUACCUGUCAGAGCAAACAGAAGGAGUCCAGCCGCAGGUUGACAGCUACAGCUACGACGUGACGCUCACCGACGGGGUGUGGCAGGCAAAGUGCUUUCUUGAUCGCACUUUAAACCAGCUGGUGCACAAAAACAUCCUCAGGACCGGGACUGAUGUCAGCAUCACGGAGUGGUCUUUUGUUUACAGCGAGAGGAGAGUGGGCCACGGUUAUAUUUGCAUCGAGAAGCUCAGAUGUGUGUCAGAAAGCUCUGGUAUUUUACCCCACGUGACUGACGUGACCUCUCUGCCUGUGCUCGUCAAGCAUGGCAUGGAGAGUAUGGCACUGCUGGGCGAUGUGCCCCUGCAGGUGAGCCGCAAACAUUACCUGUCUCUCUGGAAUAAUGACGACCCUGAGGGAAAUGUAUGGAGGCCCUACAGCCCGACACCUGAUGUGGUUCUGGAUGUGUCCAAGAUUAUGCUUCUGUGUGACCUGGAGUCAUCGUUUAGAAACACAUGGAAACCCCUCCCUCUCCUCGUGAGGAUAAUACACAAAUCCAGAUUACGGUACUAUGGAAAGUUUGGACUCAAGAUUGAUUACCCUUACCAGGCGUACUUUGAGGUCGCAGACCAGAGUGGCACAAUGUCCCUCGUGCUUUGGAACGAGCUCUGUCCAGAGUUUUACCAGAGGCUGAACACAGGAACAGUGUUGUACCUCCAGAACUACACCCUAAAGCAGAGUUACUCAAACCGGUCGCACCCCCAGAUGGACCACCACAGAAUGAAGAACUUUUCCUCUGUCGAGAUCUGCCUGAAUCCUCGGAACCCAGCUUCAGUCGUCACCAUGGUCUCACCGAAGAGUGUCCUUCCCCAGUGGAGGCUGCCUGACGUUUCCUACCAGUUUACCACCAGGUCCGAAUUGCAGAGUUUAGGCAACAAUUCAGCAUGUGAUGUCAUUGGUUUGGUAACCUUUGUAGGGCGUGUGGAGAGAGUUAGGAGUAAAGGGAACAAGGGUCCAGAAAAAUAUUGGACUUACCGCUGGGUCCAUGCAAUCGAUGGAACAUCUAACCAUCCUUUUAUCUUGGAGAUUUUUUCCUCCUCACAACCAGAAGUUUUCAACCAUGUUUGUCCAAUGACCUACCUGGUUUGCACUCAGAUGAGGGUUUGUCACGUGGAAGGAUCAUUGCCUUACCUGACCAGCAGCUGUGAGACAGAAAUGUUCAUCACAGGCUACCACAAAGGUCAACCGUACGUGACUGACCCCAGGGUGAAGAGCUUCAUCCAGUGGACUAAGACUCUGAAGGACAAUGUCGUACUGCAAAAGACUCGUGUCGGUGGCCAUUAUUGCUACCCUCAUGCUCCACGGACCUUUACGCAGCCAGUGGCCCAUAACUCAGCUCAAGUUCCUCUGGUUGCUGCAGCAGAUUUGAAGAGGGAGUUGGAGUCUUUGCAAUACCGGGAGCAUAAACGACUCGCGAUCCAAGGGCAGAUCAUGGCUGUGCGAUACCUCAAAUGCCCGAAGAACACGGGGUUGCAAGGAAUGGACAAAGAGCAGGUGUUGGAUCUUUCCAACAUGCCUGAAGAAACUGUACCAGACACACAGAGCAACCAGAGGGAAGUGGCUGAGCUGCCAGAGACCAGUGAGACAUCUCACUCUGGUGAGAAGCUCUCAGCCAGCAAAAGGAAAAGAAAACUUGAGAUUAGUGGUGCCCAGCUGUCUUGCGUGACUCGUGCCAAAAUGCAAACAAUAAGGACAGCCGGGCGUGAUGCCUCAGCGGACAGACAGGAGGAGGAAGAAGAGGGCAAGUCUGAAUCAGAGGAGCUGCCAGCUGAGGAAUGUGGUCUACAGCAGCCAAAUUCAAACCAAGGCACAUUUGUUGCUCCGCAGGUUAACUCUGACCAUGACAGAUUAUCUUGGGAAAGCAACGGCUGGUCAAGGCAACGUCAGGAAGUGUCUGAACAUUUAUGUCAAGGCGGGCUGUACCAACAGAGCGUUUCUCAAAGGUUCACAUUUGAGCAGAAGAGCGCUCUCCUGCAGUGGAGUAACCUUCACCCGUCCCAGUGGACACCAGAACACUGCACCGAUACCAUCCCACCUGCGGUUUGCCCAGGAUACUACCAGACAACAAUACUAGGGAUCAACAAGCAGAUAGCCGUUGAUGCUGCAUUUUUCCCCGUGGCGUGGUCCGAGGAUCCCAGAGCCGUUGGUCUCCCUCAGGAGCCGCAUGGCAACACGAUGCUGUCCUGCCUGUCCUCAGGGUUCCUCUGCCCGCUCAGCGACCCAGGCGGCCAGAGCGACGCAGCGCUGCCACAGCCAGAGGAAAUCUUGGCGAGUGUCAAGGAGCUGGAAGACACUCACCUUGUGUGCGUCCUGAACCUCUGCCACCUGAGUGGAGAUGAUGUGGAAGUCGUGAUCCAAAAGGUCUACAGAGUGACAGAUUUGUCUUUGGCGUAGAUGUUACAGGCCUUAACAGAAAAUAUCCCCAAGAAUAAACAACCCUCAUCUACAGCAUGUAGUAUAUUGUAAUUUUGUAUAGUCACACAAACUCAUUAAUAAAACCUUUUAUGAAGAAGUGAAAUUUAGGUUUACUUGACCAAAGCUGGUUUUGCAUUUGCAGUUUCUCAGAUUUUUAUCUUUUUUUGUGUGUGUCUAAGUUAAAUGUCACAUUUACAGUUAAUUAUUUUUCGAGGCAAGAGAAGUUUAUAUUUUAUGAAUUUUUUAAAUUAAUUUUGCUGUGUGAGCCUCAGAUGAUAGUAGAUCCAAGAAGAAACCCGUAGCAUUGACUGCCUUGCUUCAGGCCUCAAACAGGGAAAACUCAUUUCAUUAAAGUCAAAUGCAUUACUAAA